AUGCCCAAGAAUGAUCCCCAGGGCUCCGCAGAACGCAAUCCCUUUGAGAACCAAAUCGAUGUGAUUGAACAGGUUUGGCGCGCCACCAAACCGGUUUCCAACGUGUCCGGGGCUUUUGCUCCGGCUGUGGCGUAUGUGGCUGCUGGGCACGGGGCUUGA